GCGGUCUUCGGUGCCUGAGAGCAAAACACGCGUGCAGCGGCGCGUUUGUUUACUUUGCUGUUGCGGAGCUCUUCGAUAUCUGUUUCUGCCGUCACGCUGGUUACUUUAUUACUGAGUAACUAUAGCCAGAGGUGCAUAUUGUGUUAGAUUCAAUUACAAUGGACGCUCGCUCAGCUGCCACGACAACUCCGCUACGCAGCACGCCCAAGACUACCUCGGUAGCAACCGGAGGAGGAGGAACGUCAGCAUACCGUGCUAUUUCCGCGCACCGCACGCCGAUCUCGCGCACACCGUACUCGCGAACAGCUAAUCGACGAUACAAUGUGCUGACGCCAGGCCGUGAUCACCGGCGGCGUAGCGGCGUCGGCGUAGGAGGCGUGUCUACGCCUGGAGGUGGGAUGGCGGGACGGAAGCGGACGCCGCGCGCUGAUUUGCGGUUACUUAGUCGGAUGCUGAAGAGGCCGUCGCCUGUCAUUCAGCCGGGUCCUGUGUUUGGACGAGGGAAGGCGCCGAGACGGUCAUCGUCGCAAACUAGUGUAUCGUCGCGGUCGUCGCUUGUCGGUAGCAGCGUAAAAUCAACGCUGAAAGACGAAGAUGAUGACGACGACGCACUUGAAGCGCCACGGCCUGCGCGGCAGCGAAGCUCGUUGUUGUCAACGCGGGACGAUGAUAUUGAAGACGAGCAGAUGAUUCGCAAUCCGCCGCGACUCUCGACCAGCGGCGUGGACGGUGGCGACGAAGAUGAGGCGAUGGAUGUGACGUCGAUGUCGAUUGAAUACCCACGGCGACUGACGAUGGAUGCGCGUUUGAGCAUGGAUCAAAGCAGGCUGAGUUUUUCUGCCGAGGACGAUGAAGUGGUUGAGACGGUGGGCAGAAGGAGAGAAGAGAGUACGACGUUUGUCAUUCAGCCUUUUGAAGACGCCCCUUUGGAUAUGAGUUCCAUGAUCGAGGACGAUCUCGAUUUGCAACAUGAUAAUGGCAACGCAUGGCAGUACGAUGAAUCAGAAAAGACCGAAGACGUGACAGAAGAACUCCGCCGUGCCCAUUUACAGACCGAAUUUGAGCAAAAGGCGCGGUUCAAGUCAAUGUCAGGAAGCUUCCAGCCUCAAGAUAGUUUCACAGAACAAGAAAGCCGACCAAAAGCUGGCAUAGCACGGAAACCAAAGGCAACUUCCGGACCCGGAUCAAAGUCGAGCGAGAUGCUUCCCCGCAGACUGGUGAAAGAUCUGGCGAAAAGCCUGUCCUCGCUGCCGACAUCGGUCGAUGGCAUGAAUGCCAUAAUGGCGGCGUCGGAGGUGUAUUUCAAACAGGUUUCAGAGGAUUUGACUGCGUAUGCUCAGCAUGCUUCUAGGAAGACUAUUGAUGAGGCCGAUGUUGUGUUGCUACUGAAGAGACAACGUCUAUUAAAUUCAAAAGCGACGGUAUACGGACUAGCCCACAAAUAUCUACCAAACGAGCUUGUCAGUGAAAUCCGGAUUCCAGGCCCUUACAGUCAGAAAGCAUCAAAAGAACGAGAGAAAGCGCAGAAAGCACAGCAGAGAAAGGACGAACGCAAGCAAAAAAUCAAGCUGGACAAAUCAGGCAAAUUAGUCCGCGCGAAUGAUGACAGCGAUAACGAAUAGGUUUGCAGUUCUAUUUUAUGUUCAGCUCUAGUCUGCUCGCCGAUUAAUAUGACAUCAUGAGAAGGUGGGCUUACGUCUGAUUGUCGAGCGGAUGUGUUGGUGGCGGUGUUUCCAUAUUUUGAUAUGAAUAGUUUGUACUAGCGUGUUCUUUAUGGGCGCGCAUCAUGGCGAUCGGUGUUGUCAUUUGUUAUUGUUUAUUGUAUCUGUA